ACGCAGCCGCAAAGGCGCGUGGGAGCGCAGCAUGGCGCUGUACGCGACGGCGGCGACGGUGCUGGCAGCCGUGGAGGGCCGACGGGGCUCCAUCAAGGGGCUGGUGUACGCCAGCCGCUUCCAGAACGUCAAGCAGCUGUACGCGCUGGUGUGCGAGACGCAGCGCUACUCCGCCGUGCUGGACGCCGUGAUCGCCGGCGCCGGCCUCCUCCGCGCGGAGAAGAAGCUGCGGCCGCACCUGGCCAAGGUGCUCGUGUACGAGCUGCUGCUGGGGAAGGGCUUUAGGGGGGGCGGGGGCCGCUGGAGACCUCUGCUGGAGCGGCACCAGGCCAGGCUGAAAGCCGAGUUGGCGCGGCUCAAGGUUCAGCGCCGGGUGAGCCGCAACGAGGACCUGUUGCAAGUGGGAGCCAGGCCUGGCACGGCCUCGCAGGUGCCUCGGUUCGUGCGUGUGAACACCCUCAAGACCAGCCCUGAUGAUGCAGUUGAUUAUUUCAAGAGACAAGGUUUCUCCUACCAGGGUCGGGCUUCCAGCCUCGGGGAGCUGCGGGCCCUCAAAGGGAAGUGCUUUCUCCUGGACCCCUUGUUGCCAGAGCUGCUGGUGUUCCCGGCCCAGACGGAUCUGCACGACCACCCCCUGUACCGGGCGGGUCACCUCAUCCUGCAGGACAAGGCCAGCUGCCUCCCGGCCAUGCUGCUGGCCCCUCCCCCGGGCUCACACGUCCUCGACGCCUGCGCCGCCCCAGGCAACAAGACCAGUCACUUGGCCGCUCUGCUCAGGAACCAGGGGAAGAUCUUUGCCUUUGACCGGGACGCUGGGCGGCUGGCGUCCAUGGCUACCCUGCUGGCCCGGGCUGGAGUCUCGUGCUGCGAGCUGGCGGAGGAGGACUUCCUGGCGGUCUCACCCUCCGACCAGCGCUACCGUCAGGUCCAGUACAUCUUGCUGGACCCUUCUUGUAGCGGCUCAGGAAUGCCAGGCAGAUCGCUGGAGGAGCCCGGGGCAGGCACCCCGAGCAAGGCGCGCCUGCAGGCCCUGGCUGGCUUCCAGCAGCGAGCACUGCGCCACGCGCUCACCUUCCCCUCCCUGCGGCGCCUGGUCUACUCCACGUGCUCCCUGUGCCAGGAGGAGAACGAGGAUGUGGUGUGGGACGCCCUCCAGCAGAACCCAGGAGCCUUCAGGCUAGCUCCCGUCCUACCCUCCUGGCCCCACCGAGGCCUCGGCACUUUUCCAGGGGCUGAACACUGCCUCCGGGCCUCCCCCGAGACCACGCUCACUGGUGGCUUCUUUGUCGCUGUUCUGGAACGGGUCGAGGUGUCGAGCUCGGUCCCCAAGGCUGAAGCAGCAGCACCCGAACUCACGGCCGGCACAGCCCGGCGGAGGAAGAGGAGACGGCGCCAGGCCUCCGCGCCUGCUCCGGGGAGCAGUUAGAGCCCGGGCCUCCGCGCGGCUCAGCCCGCAGCUGUGCGGGACGGCUCCGUCCUUCCUACUGCCUGGUCUCCGCUCUAGGAAGGAAGGUGGUAACCCUGGCUCUCCAGCGCGGGAGACAGCGGAUGUCCUUGUCCUGGGCCCCCGGGCCGCGUUCCCGCCGGGGAGGGAGUGCCGUCCCGCGCGGAAAUAACAGGCAGGACAUGGUCCAUGAUAGGUCACGGUUUUUUUUAAUUCUUAAGGACAGAAGCAAAGAGAAAAAUCUCACAUUCGUACGAAAAAUUCCAACUAGACUCACAGGAAUUAAGUCUUUAUUUGUCAUGAAAAGUCCCAGCCUCCCGCCCCUGUCCAGUGCACGUCCACGUACACACGCACACACACACGCACACACUCAGGCUGCGCCGGGACACCCCCGGGGGCUCCCGAACCAGCAGUCCUGCCUGUGGAAUGGAGGUAAACCAGCUCAGGGCACCACGACUCGGAGGACCGACCUUCCAUCCGGCACCUGGAAGCUCGGGGUCCAGACCUGUGCCCCAGCCCCCAAGCCGGACAGCGACCGGGGACUCGAGGUGCAGGCCUCUCCCUCAGCUGCACGCACAGGGACACACGGCCUGCCCUCCCCGGGGGUGGGAGGGACAGUCGCCUGCCACGGCACUCAACCUCAGUCACGGGGCGAGGGGGGACUCCUUACAUCUACGUCACAUUAUUUAUAAAAUAAGAAUUACAUUUUCUAUCGUGUGUCCUGAAGGAGCGCUGGCCCCUCCGGAGAGCUGCCUGGGACAGCGCUGCAGCCUCUCGCGCAGGCGUAACAACUCUACAGCUAACUCCUAGUCGGUAGCGUUUAUACGUAACCACCUCAGUGAACCAAGCUUGAAGGAAUUUAAAAGGCAAUUUAGCUUAAAUACAAAAAUAAAUUUUUAUUUUGUUAAAAAAAUGUUUAAAUAUUUUUUUCCUUUAAUUUAGACACACGCAUUCAUACUUCUCCCAAAGAGGAUGGGCAUGGCAGCGAGGCUCUUGGGCCCAGGGGAUGUAAUCUGGGGACGAAGGAAGCAGAGGUGAAGGGGAGGGGGAACCUGAAUUUGAAGUGUGGUUCCAUAGUUUUGGUUUCUACCACGUCCCGGGGUGGGUCUAGCCCACGGCAGGGUGGGAGGGGGGGUCAGGUCGGCGGGAGGGAAACCGCAGGGAGAGGAGGUCUCUGCUUCCCCUCAGCCCCAUCCUCUUGGGCUACCAGCCCUUAAAGUCGAAAACACCAUCGGGGAAUCCAGGCGUGGGCGCGUGUAGCGUGAAGUGGCGCUACUCUGCACGCUCGAUGAGCGACGCCCCAGAAACGCGACACAGCGAAGUCCGGCACUACCAACAUGCCGCCACUCACACGGUUCGAUUCUUCCUCCAAACUCGAUUCAAAGAGUAACCGACGCGAGCAUCAGACGAACAGGAGACGAGGCUUUAAACAUACGGCCCGGGGGAGGGGAGGGGGGGAGGGGAGGCGGGUGCGGGCAGGCGGGCAAGGAGGGCCGUCCUGCCGGCUCCCCCCGCUUCCCGGGCGCGAGGGGUCUGCCCUUGCAGCUGCCAGGCUAACAGUCUCGAGCCACCAAGCUUUCAGGGGCCAAACUGGCAGAGGGCGGGGGACCACACGCGGACGUGGACUCGGCAGGACGCGGAAGAGCGGGAGCAGCGCCCGCCGGGCUCUCCAAGGCAAAGCCAAACUCGGGGUCGGGGUCACCUAACAGGGAACCGGGGAGGGACAGAGCAGCGAGAAGUGGGGAAGCACGGUCCCCUAACGGGACCCGGGGACAACCACUGUUUACAGGCAAGCCAAGCACGGAAAAGCUGUGGGGCUGACCCGGCUCCCCGACCCUGGUCCCCCACUGCCCAGCAGCGACGCGGGCAAGCGCUGUGCCCGGGACACCCCCGCCCCGAGCUGGCCCUCCGGGGAGCGGGAGGGAGGCCGCCUGAUGACGCGCGUCCGCCGUAGGAGAGUCAGGAGAGGAGGGGACGUAUGUACAGAUGCCCUCGCCCGCUCUCCAGCCGCCCCGGAGCUGCCCUGUGCCCCCGCCCUCAGAGGCCCGAGGCUUCCCCCUCGAGGAGUGGGCGCGGCCACCAGGGCUGCCGCUGCCUCCCCAGGGCGGAGGCCGAAGGUGGGGGCGGAGGUUGCUCUACGGCACUACAAGGGUCAGAGGCUCCUCCCAGCAGGGGCUGAGGUCCACAUUCUUUCGGGCGGGGAGGGGGACGGAACG